AUGAGUACGGUGCCAAAAAGAACAAAUGUGAAACUUGCAAAAUUAUUUUACAAAUAUGCUGACGCAUCUCCUAAAGAGGAGACAAAACAAGAAGUCGAAGAACCAGAGACGAAGCAAUAUGACUCGUAUCCACCUUACAAUUUCUCAUGGUUCGUAAAGGACAAAGUUGCGGCAAUGGGCUGGCCACAGACAGUUGAAAACUUAAAUUAUUUAGUUGAUUCCGGUAUUAAUCAUUUGAUUACACUGUCGCCGGAAAAGUUGCCACCAGUUUUCGACUUUGAAAGGAAGUUGAAAUGGACGGAGAUAGGAAUAAAGGAGUUCGGGGCGCCAACUUUAAAGCAAAUUUUGAAGUUCAUUGAAAUAUGCGAACGAGCUGAGAUGAAGGGAGAGGUGAUCGGAGUUCACUGCAGACAUGGCCGAGGUCGAACUGGUACUAUGCUGGCGUGCUACCUUGUGCAUUUUAAGAACAUGGCGCCCGAACGCGCCGUACUAACGGUUCGGGUACAAAGGCCUGGUUCCUGUGAAACAUAUGAACAAGAAAAAAUCGUGUGCUACUACCAUGACUGCGUUAGAGGAACAAUACCGAAACCUGAUUAUAGAUUAGUGGAUGAUAAGGUCUACUUUGAAUGCUCCAUGAAAUACUUAUACCCCGAUGAGGACGAAAAUACUUGUAAAGAUGAGGUGCAAAUUGAUAAGGAAACCACGGAUAUAAAUUUUAAGAGUAAAGAUGAUGUAGAAGUACAAAAAAAAAAGAUGAAGCGAAAAUCAAAAGCGAUGGUUAUUAAUCAUAAAAUUUAUUUUUAA